CAACAACGUACGCUUUUUCAAACUUCGUAACUAAUUUCAAGCAAAAAAACUUUUCCGUUGUAUCAUUUCUUUUUUGUAAAGUGUUUUAAGAUAACAAAUUAUUUGGUAAAAAGCGAGAAAAUUGUAUUGUAAGAAAUUAUUUGAAACUGUUCGUUUAUUCUGUUAAGUUGACGUAAAGAGUAAAGGUUAAGAAAAUGAAGGUAAAGCUAAAUACAUGUAGUACCUGCUCAGGAACAAGCACGCAAAAUAUCGUUAUAUUUUGCUGAAACUCUCAUCUAAAACUGAAAGAUAAGUUUAGAUAUAAUUCUAACUUGUCACUUGCUUACUAUUAUUGCUAAUAUAAAAAAAAUUUUAUAAAGCAAGUUGGAAACAUGAAGCGUUUAUCACGACAUGCAGCAUUAGAAUCGCUAAGUUGGUUAGAAGGAACAUGGAGAACAGAGAAGCAAGGUAGCGGCAAAUAUCCAACUAUUAAAGAUUUUAACUACUGCGAGGAGAUAAGUUUCAUAUCCAUAGGCCAACCUAUGUUCAAUUAUACUGCGCAAAGUUGGCACCCAGAAUUAAAGAAGCCUAUGCAUCGGGAAACAGGGUUCUUAAGAGUGAAUCCAGAAGAGAACAAAGUAUCUCUUCUUUUGGCACACAAUUUUGGUUUAACGACCAUUGAACAUGGUGAGGUAAUUGAUAAAACUAUUGUUUUACAUAAUACUGAUAUAUCAAGAAUGAAAGGAGCAAAACCACCUGAGGUCACACAGAUACGCAGAGAAUUCAAACUCGAUGGUGACUGUUUGGAGCAAGUGUUUUAUAUGGCAACAUCAACUAAUCCAGAGCUGACUGAACAUUUGCGAGCAAAGUAUGUUAAAGUGAGCGAAGAAGCAUAAAAAGUAUUGCGUGGUGGCGUAUAGCGAAUGAGAUUCCAGGUUUCAUAUAAUGAAUGAGAUUUCAGGAAGGUAUAAAUACCAGAAAUCUCGUGUAGCAAUCUCAGUGUAGCCUGCGACUAAGUUUUUUCACUUGAUGCUCUGUGAAGAAUA